CAGGGCCAACAGAAGUACCAGUGAAUCAAUGUGCUGAGUUACCAGGGCCAACAGAAGUACCAGGGUAUCAAUGGGCCAAGUUACCAUGGCCAACAGAAGUACCAGUGAAUGAACCUGCUGAGUUACCAGGGCCAACAGAAGUACCAGUGUAUCUGCGUGCUGAGUUACCAUGGCCAACAGGAGUACCAGUGUAUCAAUGUUAUGAGUUACCAGGGCCAACAGAAGAACCAGUGUAUCUGUGUGCUGAGUUACCAGGGCCAACAGAAGUACCAGUGUAUCAAUGUGCCAAGUUACCAGGGCCAACAGAAGUACCAGUGUAUCUGCGUGCUGAGUUACCAUGGCCAACAGAAGUACCAGUGUAUCUGCGUGCUGAGUUACCAUGGCCAACAGGAGUACCAGUGUAUCAAUGUGCCAAGUUACCAUGGCCAACAGAAGUACCAGUGUAUCAACAUGCUGAGUUACCAGGGCCAACAGAAGUACCAGUGAAUCAAUGUGCUGAGUUACCAGGGCAAAGUCACAGGUAAACUAGCAAGGAUCAAUUGUAAUUCUGAAUAGGAUCAAAUAGUGACGGUCAAGUCAUCAAUAGUUUAUACAUAUAUAGGUGACGUCACAAACAUACCUGUCGGUCUAUGUUAUCACAUUCAACAUGAGCCCGUCUAUGCAUAAUACUUUGAGCAUUUCAUUCCACAAAACUGUACAAUUAAAUGUUGAAUCACCAUGAACUUAAAUUUAUUUUACAUGAAAUUACGAAAGUAUUGAGGGGGAAUAACUUAAUUUUUAUAGAAGCAAAAAAAAACAAAAAAAACAAAAACAACACAAUGUACAUUGAUUAAUAAAAUUCUGGUAAUUGGUCAUAAACAAUAAACCUAUGCAUACUCAUAAAUCAAAGAUCUUGUUCUGAUUGAACACAUACCAUGGUGAGACACAAAACUGAAUAUUAAAGCGAGAGCAUUCGAAGUAACUCCUGAUAACAUGUCCCAAAAUUUCGACACAGUAUUUUAUGUAUAUUUUACCUUCUUAUCAAUCAAAGGUUGACCUGGAAAGUGUUUUCAUCAAGGAAUGAAUAAUGUACAGGAACCUGUAACAAUGGAGAAGCUAAUACACAGGGGCUUGUAACACGUUAUCGUAAUCGUUAUCUUGAAGAUAGGUGUCUCAGGACUCACUGAAUUUGAAGAUAAAUUUAUUUUUGGCUUAUAUUUCUUUUGUACCAAUUAUUUAUAAAGGUUUAUUACAAUAAUGUGCACUAUGAAGUCCAAACUCCAAACAAGCCAUCGACCACAUGCAAACAUCAAUUGAUACAAGCCUGUGUUAUGUCUAACUCCAUAUUACCAAGAGUCUACUGCCAUGUAACAGUGAUUCUAACCAUGCGUUACAAUACAUCCUAACCCUGUAUUACAACAGUUCUAACCUCUAGGAAUUCUCGAAGAUACAAUUCUCGCAAACCUUUUAUGUACGAAAAUCUUCUGAACUUUUUCAAACUUAUUUGUAUACAAAAUAAAUUUCAUUUUACAAAAGUAGCAUUUUAAAAAUAUAUACAAAGCCUUAUAUACAGUUCAUUGCUACGUAUAUAAACUGUACACAGAUGGCAGUCUAUAUCACACAAUAGACAUAAACCUAUAUCACACCGAUUCACAGAACAGAGCCAAACUCAGCUCGGAAAUCUUGAAAUUCAAUUUACUUAUUUUGUUACCAUAUAAAGCAUGUAAUAUGAGACAGCAUAGAAAAGCUAAUAAAUUCUAAAUAAACCAUCACAUGAAGUUUAAGUAAGUUUACUUCAGUUCCAAACCAUUGUUAGAUGUCAGGAACAAUGUCUCUUUUUCAGAUACUAAGUACAUUUAAUGUAAUAAUGUUUCUUUCUUGUUGACAUAAUGACAUUUUGAUGACUGUAAGAUGUGUUAAUGGUGGAUAUAAUUCUUUGUAACAGAGUUUUGAUCUUGCUGUAGGAUUUGUAUAGGCAUCUGUCUGUAAAUUCAAAAGCAAAAUACAAAUUAUGAAUGAAUGCCCAAUCUUGUUACAUAAUAUCACAAUAUUUAAUAGGAAACAUGGUACAGAAGCCAAGGUUUACUGUUAAAUUCUGGUCCCUGAUAGGCCGCACACUCCCUCAUUAAUACCAGUAUAAAAUUCUCCAAUGAAUUACAUAGAUUUUAUACACACAUCCUUAUCCACUUACCCACACCCAUCCUUACAAAAUCAAAAUCAAAAUAUUUUUCAAUUCAUGCAAUACACACAUAUGCAACCAAAACAAGCACAAUCUAAAUACGUACACAAGAACAUUAAACAUACACACAAGCUUCAUCUCCAUAAAUCGUAUUUCAGUACUUUUACACGAGUACAUUUAUUGGACUGGCUUAUUUACAAGACCAUUCGUGUGAGUAUUUGUUUGAAUAUUGCAAACAUGUAACUGCCCUCUUAUGCACUGUCUAUGAUCUAGAUCCACUAUAAACCUGUUGGAUAAUCCUUUUCUUAUAGUGUCAAGUAGUAAAAGAUGACUGGGAAAGAGAUCCAUGGUUAUUUAGCCAAGGGGAGAUAACUUUUAUGUGUAACUCGCCUUUGCUGAAAGCAGACUUACAGGGUAUGCAUGUGCUCCAGUAAAAGCACUCUGAAAAAAUUUCAACAGAAGGAGUUUGUGAUGUGAUUUUUUUUUCAAAGUUUCUAAUGACCACAAGGCCUGCAGCUGGUUGACCAGCUAAUAGUGUUGUAAUACGAGACAUGAAAAAAACAGCUAAUAAAGUUUUAAUGAUAGAAGGUAAAAAGGCCAGCUUACAGUGUUUUAGUAACAGACCAGAGAAAACCAGAAAACCAGAUAAUACUAAAAGUGUUUUAGUAAUAGACAUGAGAAUAGACAUGAGAAACCCAGAUACUAGUGUUUUAGUAA